UUCAUGUCUUUUUUCUUUUGCGAACUACAUUAUAGUAAAGUGUAUUUCGUAUACAUUAAUUCAUCUGUACGCAUAUAUGCAUUCAUAUAAAUCAUGUUAUUGUCCUUGUUGCUUUUCUGUUAUCAUUAUCUCUUUCGUGGGAUGUCCAAAGAAGAAAUGAGUUUGUCUGUGAACGUAAAUGGCCAUUCUAAAGUGCCUCCAGGGUUCCGGUUCCACCCUACUGAGGAAGAGCUUCUUCACUACUAUCUGAGAAAGAAGGUUGCGUAUGAAAAGAUCGAUCUUGAUGUUAUUCGCGACGUUGACCUUAACAAGCUUGAACCAUGGGAUAUCCAAGAAAAGUGCAGAAUUGGAUCCACCCCUCAAAACGAUUGGUAUUUCUUUAGUCAUAAAGACAAGAAAUACCCCACAGGAACACGAACAAAUCGGGCAACUGCUGCGGGUUUCUGGAAAGCUACAGGUCGAGAUAAAGUUAUUCACAGUAGCUUUAGGAGAAUCGGUAUGAGGAAGACGCUUGUGUUCUAUAAAGGUCGAGCACCUCAUGGACUAAAAUCGGAUUGGAUUAUGCAUGAAUAUAGACUUGAUGACAACACGAUUACUAAUAUCAGCCAAGAUUAUGGCUCUGGCUCCAACAUGUGCGAUUCGGCUCAAGAAGAGGGGUGGGUUGUUUGCCGAGUGUUCAAGAAGAAAAACUACCACAAAGCUGUGGAGAGCCCACAGAGAUCAUCUUCUUCGGCUCCUUCCAUUGAUUCAACCACUAACAUGCAACCUCUGAACAAAGAUGGAAGUACUAGUGUUCGUGAUCAGUUUCUAGUGUACGUCAAUGGCAGAUCCUGCAAGCGAGAAAUGGAAUCUCCUUCGCUCAACAAUAUCACCAUCACCCAUGAUGUCUAUAACCCUAUGCAACAAUUUGCAAACCCCAUUGAUGAAAGAUUCAUCCACCUUCCCAGACUCACCAGUACGACCACCAUCGCCACCUCCGGUCACUUCAGCUCAGCCACUUUUGAUCAUCAAGACUCCACCUUUCACGCCCAUAACUCCAUGAACCACUUGCUUACAGAAACCGAACACUCUAGAAACACAAGUAGGACCAUGGUGAACGAGCAUGAGAGAAGAGUUCAUGAUCAUCUUGACCACUGGGCUGAUCUUGAUCGCCUCGUGGCCUCCCAACUCAAUGGAAAACUAAGCUCAUCGAAUCAGUUGUAUGCUUCCUACAAUGAACCCAAUGAAGAAUUAUGUUUCACUGUUGAUCAUGAAGAGCAAGAACAAUCACAGCUCCAUGGAUCCACAUCCAUGGCUAAACCAGCUUAUACAAGCGAGAUAGAUCUAUGGAGCUUUGCCCAAUCUUCAUCACAGUCGUCGUCCCCAGAUCCCUUUUACCAUAUGUCAGUAUGAUUCACAUCAUUUCAUUCCAGUUUACUUGGUAUAUUUUCCCCUCAAACAUUUGAAGAACGACGUACGUAUCCAUUAUAUAUAAUCCACUUUAUUAGUAAUACAAAAAAAAUAAACCACUAAGGGCAUACAAUACA